AAACAUUGUUAAUAGACGUUUCACUUGACGAGUUGUAGUGAAAACCAGCAAGCGCAUCGCAUUCACUCUUUUAAGAUGCGGGAUGAGGCACAUAAGAAGGUCAUUGCAGUCCGAGGCUCUGACGAGAUGGCGAGCACUUUGACCCAAGAGCAGAUCGCGGAGUAUAAAGGGGUGUUUGAGAUGUUCGACGAGGAGGGCAACGGGGACGUGAAGACGCAGGAGCUGGAGCGCCUCAUGAGCUUGAUGGGGAUCAACCCCACCAAGCGCGAGCUCAGUCAAAUGGCCAAAGACGUGGACAAGGACGGUAAAGGCAUUUUCAACUGUGAAAGGUUCUUGGGCCUAAUGGCACUGUACCACGAAAGGACCAAGAACCAGGACGAGGAACUCCGGGCAGCUUUCAGAGUUUUUGACAAAGAGGCCAAGGGAUACAUCGAGUGGGACACACUUAAGUACGUCCUGAUGAAUGCCGGGGAGCCCCUGAAUGCUGAAGAGGCAGAGCAGAUGAUGAAGGAAGCCGAUAAGGAUGGCGACGGAACCAUAGAUUAUGAAGAGUUUGUGGCUAUGAUGACUGGAGACUCUUUCAAGAUGAACUGACGGGAAGGGCGAGAGAUGCCCAGAGGGGUCUUCAUGGAUACUUUAGACUCUGCAGUCUGCACGCCCACAUCGUGCCUGCAAAGACAGCAUUUUUUUUUUGCCUCUACUGGACAUUCUUCUCCCCUAUGAUUGGCUCACGCACCACAUUUGCACACAAGCUCAGCAUGGUUUA